AUGAUGCUUUUGAAUCUUUCCUGUGUCCUUGCAACUUUGCUCGCUGCCAACGCGGCUCUCGCUUUGGCGUCGGUGGGAUACACUUCAGCCGGCAAACCAAUCCUGCACGCACCCUCUGGAUCGUUGAUUCGUCAAUCAGGCCAGAACCUCAACGUAUUCGCGCCGGAUGGCUCACUUCUCCACGUUCUCAAGGGCGGGAACGAGCCAGCUACUACCCUUUCCCGCCGGUUUGCGGACUCGGACUUUCGCUCGGUGGAGGCGCUUGCAGUCGUCGAUGGGCCAGCCACUAUGGAAUCGCUGACCACCACCUUUACCAUUCCUCCCGUGCCCAAGACCUUCAAUAGCCAGCUCUUCUUCUUUGGCGCAGGCAUUGGGAUAGACAGUAACGACAGCUCUAUUACGGCACUAGUGCAAGCUGGACUGCAGUACGGCGGGACCCCAAGACAAGGUGGCUCGUUCUGGUCGGCCGCUAUCGUCAUUCAAGCUGGAGAUGGCACCCUUCUCUCAUACGGCAUUCCCUUUGGCACCGCCAUUGUCCACCCAGGAGACCGCCUUACCGUCUCCAUUGCAAGAGACACGGACCCUACCCGUGUACCUCCAGGCGACGGCUACUGGUAUCUCGUGACAUUCGACCACUUGGACCUCGCUAUUCCCUACACAGCGGAAAUGUUCUGGGAGAUCCCGCCGUCGAGAGCGAUGAUCAGAUUGGAAGAGUUGAUCAUCGACGACGCGAGCGAAUACCCUGUCGGCGCGGUCGUAUUCGAGAACGUGAAAGUAAACACGACCGCGGGCUUUCCAGCCAUAUCAUGGCACGCCAACAACAAUCCCGCGUUGAAUGUGCAGGUCAAUGUGGAACAGGAUGGGUCUGAAAAUGCUCGGAUUGCAAUUGCAUUCCCUGAAAGUAAUUAA